AUGCUAUAUUCUGAUCAUGAGGUUGUUAACGGCUUUGUGAUGGAUUGGUGCCGCUGGACGCCGGCUAAAUGCAACAUUCAUGUGUGGCGUAUGGAGAUGGAUAGGAUCCCGACUAGAGACGCGUUAAGGAAAAGAAACAUCAUCAUAGAAGACUCCUUGUGUCCGUUAUGCAGGUCCGAGGAAGAGAAUACGGAGCACAUUUUCACCUCUUGUUUCAUUGCUUCGACGGUUUGGAAUGGAAUCAAUUCGUGGUGUAAAAUUCCUAGUAUUCUCGCGUUUUCGACUAGAGAUCUUCUUGACUUUCAUACGGUUUUGAGUGGUUCGGAAAGGAAGAAAGAGGCGGUGCAAGGGAUCAUAAUUAUUUCUUGUUGGUGUCUUUGGCGUGCUAGGAAUAAUGUUGGGUUCUCUAACUCGCCAAUCAAGAUCGAAAACAUCUUAAGUGAGGUUAAAGCUUUAGGUUUUUUAUGGUUUUCCCUUAGAUCGAAGCACAAAGGUAUAGAGUGGAAAGAUUGGUGUUCUUUUGUAAAUAUGUAA